AUGGAAUUUUCAAAUUAUGAGGGAGAAGAUCUUAGAGGCUGGAUUUUAAAAGCAGAGAAGUAUUUCCAGUACUAUCAAACUUAUGAGGAAUGCAAGGUCGAUAUGGCUUCGAUGCAAGAAUUUGCAAAACGAGCAGCGCAUGUGCAAAAUUGGCCAGAACACUGUUUGCUUGGAGUUUUCCUCAGUGGGCUGAAAGAAGACCUUUACGUGGACGUUAGGAUUAACAAAACUCGAUCUGUGUACAAGACAGUGAGCCUGGCUUUAGAAUAUGAAGGAAAACAGGGACCUAAUCGGUCCAGUAAGGCACCCACUUUGCCUUCUGUAUCACGACCUCCUUUGGGUGAAGCAGUUCAGACGGCAUGUUACCUGAUCAAUAAGAGUCCAUCAGUUCUAGAUGUAGUCUUCCGAGAAAGUGAAGUUGGAACUGCUGAUGAUAUGCCAGAGAAGGACAAGAAUGAAAGUAGGACCGACGAUGUUGUCGAGCAGUGGGAGCAACCUGGUGAGGUUAUUGAGCAGGGGGAGCAACUUGAUGAUGGUGUCAAGUACCUAAGAGGUACUGUAGGAUAUUGCUUGUGUUUUGGAGGAUCUGAUCCAAUCUUGAAGGGAUUCGCGGAUGCUGAUAUGGCCGAGUACAUUGGCGCUACAGAAUCUGGCAAGGAUAUGGUAUGGCUCAAGCGGUUUCUUCAAGAGCUGGAAUUGCAUCAAAAGGAGUAUGUUGUCUAUUGUGACAUUCAAAGUGCAAUAGACUUGAGCAAGAACUCCAUGUACCAUGCAAGAACAAAGCAUAUAGAUGUGGGAUAUCAUUGGAUUUGUGAGCAGGUGGAGAACGAAUCUUUACAGGUCCAAAAGAUUCACACGAGUGAAAAUCCGGCUGAUAUGUUGACCAAGGUAGUACCAAGAGACAGGCUACCUGACAACGACAACGAGGCUCGAAUCGAAGAACCCGAAAUUCGAGCCGAAGUACCACUGGAUAUCAAUUCGCAAAUAGCUCUAGAAGCGAAUCAGCGUUUUGAACCGAAAAGAAGCGUUCAGGGUGGUGCUCGAUCCAUAGCCCGAGACACCUACAGCACGGGGGAAAUCGGG